AUGACCGGGAAGCGCAAAAAUCCCUUGCGCGGAAGAUUGGUGGCCAAGGCCCGUGGCGAGUCUCUCAUCAACGAUACGUCUCGUAAAGAGAGCGUCGGCGUCCGCGGCAGCAAGACGCAAAUGUCGGCGUCCAUUUCGGAGUCGUUCAGCGACAGCGGUGGCAGCAGCAGCAGCAGCAGCGUGACAGAGCCGAUAAGCCUGUCGCUGUUAUCUUCCUUCGCCUCGGCCACCAAGUACAAGCCUGAUUUCUUCUUCGCGCUCCUCCCACAGUUCGAAGAGCUCGUCUACCCCUUCAGCCCCGCCAUGUCGGCCAAGGACAUUGUGGCCUCCGUCUCAGCCAUGUACGAUAAUUUUGAGAACGCGGCGCUGGUCUACGCCUAUGCAGCCGCCACGACCUUUCUCAGCCAGACCUCCGACACUUUGCACGGCGACGUGGCCAUGCAGCUGAACGAGCUCGUCCAGUACAGUCUCGAGGCCCACAAGCGCGCCGAGAUUACUCUCGACGACCAGGGCCGCCUGGACGAGAAGCCCGCCCCGACCAACAAGCGCAUCAUGACGUGCAUCUACCUCGAGAUUGCCAUGAUGGCCUUCAAGCGCUUUGACCGCAGCUUCAGCAUCCUCCGCGAAGCCAUCACCAUGCUCCAGGUCCGUCAGGUCAUGAUGCGCGACAGGCCUGCCCCGCCUGCCGACUUCUUGGCGUACCAGAGGCUGUAUAGGGAAGCUUGGAUUCAUGAGCGCUUCCUGACCAUUACCUCGGGCUACCCUAGCGUCCUGGCCCCGCUGGUACCAGCCCGGCCAGCCGCCGACCCAAAUACUCCGAUGCACAUCGAGGCCGGCUUCAACAGGCUGAUUCACCUUUUCUCCAUUCUUGACGACACGUUCCUCGCCUCGUGGCACGGCCACGACAAUACCAUUACGGCUGGCUGGAUUGAAGCCAAGCAGGUCCAGCUCGAUCAGGACGAGAUUGACGCCGCAGAGGCCGAGCGCGACCUCUGGAAUCGCGGCCACACAGGGCUUUCGGAGCGUCAGCAUGCAGAUCUCUUUAUUACGCGGCUGUGGUUGCGCACUUCGCUCUGGCAGCUCGCCCUAUCCAAUGGGUUUUUGCGGUUCGCCCCUUCGCGCGAUACUCACGAAGGCCUCUCCCUGCUGUUCCCCGUGCAGAGACUCACGACGCAGCUGCACAGUCUGGUCAGCCGUCUUGACAGCAUUGCAAGUAUAAGUUCGCAGGGAAGCGGCAUCUUACAGAAGCUGUUCGAGGUCACCAGCACCAUUGCCGACGUUCUUGCUCUUUACCCCGCUCGCAACCAAGAGGAUGGCGGGUGGGUGAGAGGCGGAGCAGCAACGACAGAAGGAGGCGGAAGCGGAUCAGGCUUGGAUUCUCAUAUCGAGGAUUUCGGAUACGUCGCAAGGUUUUUGUUGUCCUUUGAGGGCGUUCGUGAGACGCAAAAAGUCUAUCUGCGGGAAAAGCUCGAGAUGCUGCAUCAGUCGCAUGUCGUGGUGGGCUUUAUCGAUUGGCCGCCAUUCGCACCAUCGACGUAG